AUGUCAAGUUCUAACUGGACUAAUUUACAUCCUGCCACCUUCAUUCUAAUUGGUAUCCCAGGCCUGGAAACAGUCCACAUCUGGAUCUCCAUUCCCUUCUGCUUUGUGUAUAUGUCAGCUCUUUUGGGAAACUUCUCUCUUCUAUUCAUCAUCAAAAGUGACCUUAGGCUUCAUGAACCCAUGUACCUUUUCUUCUGCAUGCUGGCAACUGCUGACCUAAUUAUUUGCACCACCGCCAUGCCCAAGCUCCUCAGCCUCUUUUGGUUCAAAGACAGAGAAAUCUAUUUUGAAGCCUGCCUCACCCAAGUGUUCCUAAUCCAUUCACUAUCCAGCAUGGCAUCUGGUUUCAUCUUAGCAAUGGCCUUUGACCGUUAUGUGGCCAUAUGUAAACCCUUGCGACAUUCAACAAUCUUGACCAAUAAGGUCAUAGUGGGAAUUGGAUUGGCUAUUGUCCUUCGAGGAGCUUUGUUGUUCAGCCCUCAUCCCUUUCUCCUGAAAUGGCUUCCAUAUUGUAGGACCAACAUCAUUUCUCAUACCUAUUGUGAAUUCAUGGCUCUGAUUAAGUUGGCCUGUGCCCAAACCAGAGUCCGCAGAACUUAUAGCCUAAUAGUUGCCUUUCUCACUGGGGGUCUGGACUUCAUAUUGAUAAUUUGUUCCUAUGUGCUUAUUUUAUAUGCUGUUUUCUGCCUCCCCUCAAAGGCUGCCCGGCUUAAGGCACUGGGCACCUGUGGCUCUCAUGUUUGUGCCAUCUUAGUUGGUUAUACUCCAGCUUUCUUCUCCUUCCUCACUCAUAGAUUCGGGCGCCAUGUUCCUCCCCAUGUGCACAUUUUUGUGGCUAACAUUUACCUCUUGGUCCCACCUAUGUUGAAUCCCAUAAUUUAUGGGUUGAUGACAAAAAGGAUAAGGGAAAGAUUUCUACAAAUUCUAAGUCCUUCAAAGUUAUAA